AUGACAUUAGCAACCACCAAGAUCUCUGAGUGCUAUGAUUAUGUUUUUAAGUUGCGAAUCCUGCUUGAAUUCAACAUUAAAUGGCUACAAUUUAUGCAACCACCAAGAUCUCUGAAAGCCAUGAUUAUAUUUCAAUUGGAUUUAUCUGUGCCCAAUGUUUACGAUCUGUCGUAUCAAUUUAUGUCGCAUGUGAAGGCACCUUCUGUCAAAAUGUUCUUGCCUUCUAACACUGCAGAUAAAUUGCUCUUCUUGAUAAAACUGUUUAUUAUUAUUCGUAUUCCAACUUGUGGAAAAAAUAUUCACGUGAUCGUACACAGUGCAUGGCAAACCUUUCCAGCGAUGCGACGUUCAAAGUGUGACGAUCUGUUUCUGAAAUGUCUGUUCUACGUCUUGAAGUUUUUGGGAGUCGCUCCGAUGGCAAUCGACAACAGUCCUGCGCCAGAAAAGGAUAGCCCUCGAUAUGUUCGUUUCGUAGCUUCAAAACUUGGUGUGUUUUACAACGGAAUCAUCGCCUGUCUUACGGUCUAUCCGUCGUACAUGACCGUUCGCUACCUGACCUCCUCGGAAUACACCAAAAACAUCGAGCUGGAGAAGGUCAUCGACGAAGCGCAGUCUACAUUCGCCAUGAUCACGUCCACCUUCAUUAUCGUCAACAUCUGCGUUCGACAGAAAAGAGCCGCUAUACUCGCCAAUCAACUUAGUAGUAUACACAGUGUGAUAAUGGAUCUGGCGAUCGACGUAGGCGACGAUGUAAGAAGAAACACGAUCAUCUCGUACAUCAAAAAGAUCGUGUUCGUCAAUUUAGUAACGACGAUCGUUUGGGUCGCCUCAACUCCUCCGGAAGAAUAUCAGUACCUGAGCUACUUCAUCGUUAUGAGUUUCUACAACAUCAUCAUUCACGCGAUGCUGCUGCAGUACAGCCUUGUUUUGAAGCUUCUUCAGCAGCUCUACCGAUCUGUCAAUGCCGAUUUAUCAUCGCUUCUCAAAAAGUCGUCUUCGAUUUCUGACGACAACAACUGCCACUUGAUGUUGAAGAGACUGAAACAUCUGCGUCAGAUUCACGCGACUCUGUGCCAGAUUUCACAGGAUGUAUCCAAUUUUUACUCGCUACCGAUGUUGUUCUGCGUGACACAUGUGUUCCUCACGCAGAUCAUAUACUGCUACUAUGUCGUAAUGACGUUGAUUGUGUGGAAUAUCAACGAAAAACCAAUCUUGGUGAUAUUGAAUUGUGUGACGCUGGUCACUUUACUUGCCGUGUCGAUGACGAUACUUGUUAGGGAUGCUGGUGUCACUGCUGUCGAGAGCAAAAGCACGGGAGAAAUCGUCAGCGGGUCGAUCGACGACUGUCAGGAUCACGAAAUCGAACGACAGUUGAACGUAUUUUCUAAUUAUUUGCUGCACAAAGAUGUACAUUUUAGCGUGUUCAAUCUUUUUCCGUUGAACGAGUCCUUGUUGAUAUCGAUUGUUGGUUCAAUAACAACGUAUUUGGUGAUACUCCUUGAAUUCGAAGUAGACUCUACUAAAAAAUGA